AUGGACUUUCCAGUUGCUCUCAAGUCAGUAUCAGAAUUUGAAAGAUUGAAUAAUAUGUCAAUUAACGUUUAUGGAAUAGAAAAGGAAUUCAUUGAUGGAAAGUCUAAAUAUCAGGUGGUAGGACCGUUACAUUACACGGCGCAAAAACAACCCACUCAUCUGAACUUAUUACUUAUUGAUGAUUCAGAAGGUCAGUUGUCACUUAAUACGAGAGUAAAGCAUUUUUGUGAUGGCUGUUUGCAAUACUUUGCAUCAAAAGACAAACUGGAAAUUCACAUCCAAAACUAUUGCAAACACAUUGCAGUUAAGCUACCCCAACUGGAAACCAGAGUUGAUCGCCUUGGAAACACGGUAAUGGAUAAUGUGCUGAAAUUUGAACAGCAUUACAAACAAUUAAGACUACCGUUUUGCGUUUAUGCGGACUUUGAAUGCAUCCUAGCUCCGAUAGACAAUCGCUCAAGUGCUUCAGAGGAUAUGCGAUUUGUCGAUUCAUAUCAGUUUCUAUCGUCAAAAUUAGAAACCUUGGCAUCCUUUUUAAGCGCAGAACAAUGUCGGACGGUACGAAAAGUGUUUCCUGAGGACGAAAAGUUCUCCUACAUGAGAUGCAAAGAUGCCUCAAAAACGGUAAUAUGUGACUUUUUCUAUGACUUUCUGAAGCGUCAAUAUGGUGAUAAGGUGUCUGUAGCUUACACGGACACUGAUUCGCUAAUAGUACAUGUUGAAACCGAUAAUUUCUAUGAGGACAUGAAAUCACACAUAGAUUACUUUGACACAUCCAAUUAUGAUGCUUCCAGCCCACAUAAUAUGCCUCAAACAGCGUCAGAGUUGGGUAAGAUGAAAGACGAAUAUGCUGGUAAGAUACUGUCUGCAUUUUAUGGUACAGGUCCCAAAGCAUACUGUAUAGAUGGGGUAGACCAAGUAGCUAAACGAGCCAAAGGUAUAUCUAAGGCGAGUGUAAAAAAUCAGUUACAUUUGCUACAUUAUAAGGAUAUUGUUGAGGAGAAACGGACAUCUGUAUACUGUACGAUUUAUGUAUUUAAAUCGGAGUCACACAAUAUCUACACAAAUUAUAUAAAAAAAGUAGCAUUGACCAGUACGGAUGAUAAACGUUUCUUGAUACCAAACUCAACAAAGACAUUAGCUUGGGGUCAUCAAGAUAUAUUAUUUCAUAACAUGUCAGAUGAGGAGCGCUUGGAUACAUUACUGCACUUGAUGCAAGAAGGCAUUGUGUUAGAUAGCAUGAGCAUAGAAUAG